CAUUCCUCAGGAUUCAACUAAUUUGUCGUCUCCGCGUGACCAGGCAGAAGACGGCUGCCCGAAAAUGGAUUACAGAGACAAGCUAGUUUUGGCGCCUAUGGUCCGCGUUGGGACGUUGCCAUUCAGGUUACUAGCUGCAGAAUAUGGCGCCGAUAUAACAUAUGGGGAAGAAAUUAUUGAUCAUAAACUCCUCAAGUGCGAGCGUCGAAUUAAUGAUGUGCUCAGAUGCACUGAUAUAGUGGAGAAAGGAACAGAAAGUGUUGUUUUCAGAACAUGCCCAGAAGAGAGAAAUAAGGUUGUAUUUCAGAUGGGUACUUCUGAUGCAGUAAGGGCUCUUAAGGCUGCUCAGUUAGUGUGUAAGGAUGUUGCAGCAGUGGACAUUAAUAUGGGUUGCCCCAAGUCAUUUUCCUUAAGUGGAGGAAUGGGUGCUGCUCUUUUGACUAAACCAGAGCUGAUUCAAGAUAUUUUAACAACCUUAAAGAGGAAUUUGCAUACGCCUGUGACAUGCAAGAUUCGGCUGUUAAAAUCAUCUCGUGAUACGGUGGAAUUAGCGCAGAGAAUUGAGAAAACUGGUGUUUCUGCUCUUGCUGUCCAUGGGAGGAGAGUUGCAGACAGGCCAAGAGACCCUGCUAAGUGGAAUGAAAUUGCUGAUGUUGUAGCUGCCCUUUCAAUACCUGUUAUAGCCAAUGGUGAUGUUUUUGAGUUUGAAGAUUUUGAACGCAUGAAAGUUGCUACAGGUGCCUCAUGUGUUAUGGUUGCUAGAGGUGCUCUUUGGAAUGCUUCUAUUUUCUCUCCUACUGGCAAACUACCAUGGGAAGAUGUGAAAAGAGAGUAUAUAAGAAAGAGUAUCUUAUGGGAUAAUGACAUCAAGAGCACCAAGCAAACUCUGAAGGAAAUGAUAAUGCAUUACUCUUGCCUUGAAUUCCCGGAGGGAAAGGCUGUGACUAAGGCAGAGACUUUGGCAGAUCUCGCUCAACUUUAUGGGCAAGAGCAAUAUUAUGAGUAUGUCAAAUUGAACCAGCUCUCAUCUACUCGAAGUAGGUGAAAUCCUUUCAGCAGCUUAACCAUGAGCCUAAUUGCAAAAAGUAGGUAUGCUUGCUCUUCAAUCUGAGGAAUGCUGAUUUUUGUGGUUGUACUAUAUUGGGGCUGCCUGCAGCACACGUAAUUGUCAGAACAUUUACCAUGUAAGAGCAUAUAUAAUUUGCCUGGCGAGCUUGCACUGAUUUCAUUCCAAUGAUAAUUUUUGCUAAAAAUUUUAGAACUUCUGGAUGUGUACAUAAAAAUUUAUAGUAGACCGAGUUUUCCUAUAAUAGCAAUAAUUGUAUGACAAUCACCCCUUUGACUUUUUGGAAGGAUAUCACUUCAAAUUCUUGGCAGGCGUCUAUUUGAGUACCUGUAGCUGGCAUUUCCUUUUAGUUUUUACAUGUACUGCCAGCGGC